GCAUGGCGCCGCGAAAAUUAUCGCGCCACCCCCAAAAAUUCGAUUGAUGGCGCCCCUUGUGGUGGUGUGCCGGCGCUAUACCGGCGCUAUGAGGGCAUACCGCCCAAUUAUGCCGCCCCACUACGUUCGGACUAAUGGAAUGCAACCCAAGUUCAUCUUGUAGGGUUGACAGAAGAACCAUUGAGAAAAACAGAAGGACUCACAUGAAGGCCCUAUACUCCGAACUCCAUUCUAUUGUGCCUCAUGAAUCUUCUAGGGAUGUGAUAUCACAACCAGAUCAACUUCAGGAAGCUGCAAACUACAUCAAGAAAUUACAAAUAAAACUAGAGAAAAUGAAAAACGAAAAGGAUAAGAGGAUGCGGUUGAAGGAACUGGAAAUUAAUCAUAAGAAAGACACCAAAAUCUCGAGUUUGAUGGUGGGGCAACAAAGAACACCACAGAUUGAUGUUCGUGUAAUUGGGUCAUCUCUUGAAGCAAUUCUCAUCACUGGGGUUGAAUUUCGGCACUUGUUCAGUGAAACCAUUCGUGUGAUCCAUGAAGAAGGCUUUGACGUCGUAAAUGCUAGUUUUUCUAUCGUUAGCGAUAUGGUUGUUCAUACCAUACAUGCUCAGAUUGGAGAGCCUUAUGUCUCAGAUAAUGGUGUUUCAAAGAUCAUAAAGAAACUGAAUAACAUCUUGUAUAGCAUUUGAUCUUUAUCUUAUCUGCAAGGCCUACUUUUGAGUCCUUUAUCAACACUAAUUGGAAUAUAUGUUUAUGGUCUGUCAUAAUAUUUGGAUAUCUGCUUUUCAGACAUGUUUUGAAACCCUAUUCAGAUAUGUUGAUUGUGGUGUCUGCUGUGUAUGUGCUUUUAUUUAUUAGUCUAAACAUGUUAUGCAUUGUCAG